AAUUAAAGCUCACCAAAGGAGGACUUGAUUUUGGAGCAUCAAAAGACACUAGAAAGGAGCUAUAUUAGGAUGCUUUCAAGACUAUUCAAUCGGUUAAACAGAGUAUGGCAGUUUGCUCUCAAUGCCACGAGAGGAUUCUUCAUGAAACUCGCCCUUACCUUCAUCAUCUUCAUGAGCUAUCUCUUCUUAUCAAUGACAAUUUAUGCUGUCCUCAGGCAGCUAAUGGUACCACAGAAGACCCACAUUCUACCGGUCCACCUCUACUUUAACCCUAAGUGUCUCACUGGAGAACAUCAUCAGGACUCUGUUUCAAACUUUGCAUUCAAUCGGAUACCUCGAAAUGAAGCAAAGUCCUGUUCAUAUCCAAUGGCUGAGUUUUUCCUCUCCAGUUCCGGUGACAGGUUAUUGACUCCAGGCCAUGCCUACUCCAUAGCCGUUGAGCUUGAAAUGCCAGAGAGUCCACAGAAUGCUGAUCUCGGUAUGUUCAUGGUUAAUCUGACAUUGUAUUCAAAGACCGGUAAAGUUACUGGUUCCUCCAUUAGAUCAGCUGUCCUCCAUUACAAGUCGUCAUUGCUGCACACUCUCUCGACUGCUUUCUUCUCUUUUCCUCUUGUCCUUGGCCUAACGGAAGAAAAGCAAACACUCUCUGUCGUCAUGUUUGAUAACUUCCAGGAAUCACACUUUUCUGACGGGUCUACUAAUGCCAUAGUGACUAUCAUGUCUCACAAGAUACAGUUAUACUCAACCAAACUCACAUUUGAUGCUAACUUUACUGGAUUAUCGUUUUAUCUCUACCAUUGGCCGAUAUCAAUGGCUAUUAUAAUAGUGAGUGGGCUCUUCUUUUCAAUCAGUGGCGUGACAGUCCUACUGUGGGCUAGGAAGAUGAUGGACAGAAUGAACCAGUUCAGAAUACAGCAAAGAUACUUGAAUCACAGAGUGAACACUAGACGCCACUCAGGGGGAGGAGGAGGAGGACUGGAGCCUAUUCCGGAAGAAGAUGAGGAAAGAGGACAAGAACAUAUUGAAGAGCUUUCAACAGAUGGAUCAGGAGGAGGAGGAGCAGCAAGAGCUAAUGAUACUUCUGAUAACGUGAGUACCAUCAGUUCGGCUACCGAGAUUGCUACCAGUGAUGUCAGCGACUUCACUGACAUUGAGGAUCAACCUCAUUCUGGAACCCCACCUCCUAAUUACCGGACUCAGGGAAGGGAGGAGGAGCCUCCUGUUGUACGUCACAGAGGAGAAAGGAGAGGAGAUUCAACAUCCUGAUUGACUUUUUACACAU